CCCCCUCUCUUUCAGGUGCUCAUUGACUGUGUGCAAGCAGAUGCAUCUCUCAGCGCUCUAAGUUGAUGUUUUUCAGGAUCCAGAGAGCCAUUGCAAAACCACUACUCCACUCUCUGAGGCAACUUAUUUUGAUACGUGACUCCCGAACACUGACGUCCAAAAUGUCUUUCCAGUAUCCACAGGCUUACCGCGACGACGCAGUUGUGGAUGAUUAUCAUGGAGCCAAAGUGCCAGAUCCAUACAGCUGGCUGGAAGACCCCGACAGCGAGAAGACUCAGGCAUUUGUUAGUGCUCAGAACCAGCUGACGGUGCCGUUUUUAGAGCGCUGUGAGGUGCGAGACUUGUUUAAGGAGCGCAUGACUGAGCUGUAUGACUACCCCAAGUAUAGCUGUCCCUUUAAGAGAGGAAGCAGGUACUUUCACUUCUACAACACAGGCCUCCAAAACCAGAGUGUGAUGUACGUGCAGGAGAACUUGGACGCGGAGCCCGCCGUCUUUUUGGAUCCGAACACAUUUUCAGACGAUGGAACGGUCGCACUGCGAGGCUAUGCGUUCUCUGAGGACGGGGAGUACCUGGCGUACGGCACCAGCGCGAGCGGUUCAGACUGGGUGGAGAUGCGCUUCCUGCGGGUGGAGGACGCCACACCUCUAGAGGACCGCCUGGAGCGAGUCAAGUUCAGCUGCAUGUCCUGGACUCACGAUGGGAAGGGACUGUUCUACAACUCGUAUCCUAACCAGGAGGGAAAGAGUGACGGCACUGAGACAUCCACUAACCUGCACCAGAAGCUUUACUUCCACGUGUUGGGAACUCCUCAGUCUGAUGACGUGCUGUGCGCAGAAUUCCCCGACCAUCCGAAAUGGAUGAGUGGAGCCGAGGUAUCAGAUGAUGGACGCUAUGUGCUGCUGUCUAUCAGGGAAGGUUGUGAUCCCGUCAACAGACUGUGGUACUGUGACCUUCAGACCACUCCUCAGGGUAUUACAGGUCUGUUGCCAUGGGUGAAGCUCAUCGACAACUUUGACGCUGAAUACGAGUACGUGACCAACGAGGGCACAGUGUUCACAUUUAAGACCAACCUCGACGCCCCACGUUACCGCCUCAUCAACAUCGACUUUGCCUCUCCAGCUCAGAGCAACUGGAAGGAACUCAUCCCUCAACACGACAAGGACGUGAUCGUUUUUGCCACCUGUACGUACUCCAGCUACCUGUUUGUGUGUUUCCUCCACGAUGUAAAGAAUGUGUUGAAAAUGUACGGCCUGAGCUCGGGGGAGGAGCUGAAGACCUUCCCUCUGGAUGUCGGCUCCGUGGUGGGUUUCACAGGACGGAAGAGGGACUCUGAGAUCUUCUACUAUUUCACCUCCUUCCUCUCCCCAGCCAUCAUUUACCACUGUGACCUGACUAAGGAGCCGCUGCAGCCCCACAUCUUCAGAGAGGUCACGGUCAAAGGUUUCAGCCCGUCUGACUACCAGACCACCCAGAUCUUCUAUCCCUCCAAGGACGGCACUCAGAUCCCCAUGUUUAUCGUUCACAAGAAGGGAAUCAAGUUGGACGGCUCCCAUCCCGGUUUUCUUUACGGCUACGGCGGGUUCAACAUCUCCAUCACGCCGAGCUACAGCGUCUCCCGGCUCAUCUUUGUCCGACAUCUCGGGGGAGUCCUGGCCGUUGCCAACAUCCGAGGAGGAGGAGAGUACGGAGAGACCUGGCACAAAGCUGGCAUGUUGGCCAACAAGCAGAACUGCUUCACAGACUUCCAGUGUGCAGCUGAAUAUCUCGUCAAGGAGGGAUACACUUCUCCCUCCAAGCUGACUAUAAACGGAGGCUCCAACGGUGGCCUGCUUGUAGCUGCCUGUGUGAACCAGCGACCCGAGCUGUUCGGCUGUGCUGUGGCUCAGGUCGGCGUCAUGGACAUGCUCAAAUUUCACAAGUUCACCAUCGGCCACGCCUGGACCACAGACUUCGGCUGUUCAGAAGACAAAGAGCAGUAUGAUUGGCUCAUCAAAUACUCCCCGCUCCAUAACAUCCGCAUCCCAGAAGGCAACGGGGUCCAGUACCCCGCAGUGCUCCUGCUCACGGGGGAUCACGAUGACCGCGUCGUGCCUCUGCACUCCCUCAAGUACAUCGCCACCCUGCAGCACAUCGUGGGCCGCAGCUCCAAGCAGUCAAACCCUCUGUUCAUCCUCGUGGACACAAAGUCAGGCCACGGUGCGGGCAAGCCCACCAGCAAGGUCAUCCAGGAGGUGGCCGACACCUACGCCUUUAUCGCUCGCUGUCUCAACAUCUGCUGGGUCAAAUAACCUGAAAACUACAGUUAAAGUGUGUUAAGUGUGUUUUCUUCUUUUGUCAUCCAUAAGCAUCUUUGGGGAAAAUGCUCAAAGGGGUCUGUUCACACAGUCUUUAUAUCUUUACACCGACAGAUGUUUGACAUUUCAUGUAGCUUCUAGAUCUUUUUCUUUUGUGUUUAUCUUCAGCUCUUUUCACACAUGACCUGCACUCCUAAACAUUUCACUUCAUACUCGACAACUUUGGAUCCUUUCAGCCGACUUUUUCAUGGAAGCACCCUUGUACAGAGUCGGUGUAAAAUCCACACAGGUCAGUGUGAAAACCCAACAGGUUAUAUUUGAGGCAGGUUGAUGAUGAAGUUCAUGUUGAGCAGAGUUUGGUUUCUCUUCGAUCUUGAACGCUCGCCCUCAGCUGCCAGUUCGCUGUUUUCUACUCUUGGGUAUUUAAUAUAAAAACAUCCUUAUACGGUUUAGGAAAGAGCCCCCCCGUCCCCCUCCCCGCAUCUCCCGUAGUGUAGGUCAUGUGUGAAAGGACAAGUCCUAAAAAUAUUAGACACUACAUUUUCAGGACCUCAUAUGUGUACGACACUUAAUUUAGCCCCUCCCCCUCUCUAUUCGAGCCUGUCAGGACGCAGACUCUUCAGGAUCUCAGCCAACAUAUAGCACUCUCUGCUAACAUAUAGCACUCUCCUGUUGGCCAUUUUUGUAUCCCUAAAGAGAAAAAAAGUAUCACUUGUGUGGUGGAUGUCAAAAACAAAAAGUGGGCGUAUCUCCACGGUUACAUUAAUCAGCCAAUCAGCUGUUACAGUCAAAAGGUAAAAGUGGCAACCGUUAAUGUCAAGAUCACUUCCGGGUGUUCUUGGCGCAUCAACAUACCUUUUUAUUUAUUUGUGUGCACAGGACGGAGGCGGUCGGAUGUUUGUCUUUAGCAUGUACAGUUCUGACGGAACAGCGCAGUGCAAAACGAUGCUGCUGGAAGUCGACAGUAUUGCUGAGUGUGUGCGGAAAGUUGCAAACAAAAAAACAAAAAAAACAUUGCAUUGUGUGAAAGAGUGUGUGAGUGUGUGUUUAAAUGUCAGUCCCCACUUUUCUUUCAGACUGAUGAUUUCUACCUCUUGACAUGUGCUGAUUGUUUACCUUUGAAAGGAAACAAAACACAAUGCCACAACUACAAUAAACAACUUUUUAAACAGUGA